AAAAAAAAAGAGAAGGGGUAACAGGAACAGCAACAACAACAGCAAAAUACCGGUCAUUGAAAAAUUCCAACACAAAAAAGAAAAAAAAACCUACACGAAGAACGAAGAAUCACUUCACCGCCGCAUUGGUCUCACAGAUUAUUUUUAUCGACAUUACAAACAGCAACGUUCCGUUCGUCAGUUCUUUUUUUUUCUCGUCGAAUUGUUCGUAUUUUCUUGUGUAGAAGAAUAUUUUUCUCAUAUCCGCUUUGCCGCACCGUGUCGCUGCUGCCUUCUUGUCAAAUUGACUGUUCUCUUAUAAAGUACCACGUCGUUCAUCUUUUUUUUUCUAUAAUAUUCUCGUAUUGCUCCUCGUGUAUCUCUGUGUUUUUUCUAACAGCAAAGUAGAAGAAAAAUUCAAAUUUUCCAUUCCCAAUAAAUAAAGUGAUUUGGAUAGUGUAAAUUCUUCGUUAAGAAAGAAUUUUCAAUUCACAACUUAGUGCAAAGUGCAGAGAAUUUCUGGUGAUUUUGAUAAGAGAAAAAUUAUUUAAAAAAACAUAAAAAUAUGAGGGAAAUCGUUCAUCUACAAGCCGGUCAAUGUGGCAACCAAAUUGGAUCAAAGUUCUGGGAAAUCAUAUCCGAUGAGCAUGGUAUCGAUCCCAAUGGCAUGUACCAUGGUGAAAACGAUUUGCAAUUGGAACGCAUUGAUGUCUAUUACAACGAAGCGAACAAUGGCAAAUAUGUACCACGCGCGGUUUUAAUCGAUCUCGAACCCGGGACCAUGGAUUCCGUUCGCCAGUCACCAUAUGGUCAAUUAUUUAGGCCGGACAACUUUGUUUUUGGACAAUCUGGAGCUGGUAACAACUGGGCAAAAGGCCAUUACACGGAGGGUGCUGAGUUAAUUGAUUCCGUAUUGGAUGUACUUCGCCGUGAAUCUGAAGGAUGCGACUGUCUGCAGGGCUUUCAGCUGGCACACUCAUUGGGCGGUGGUACCGGAUCUGGUCUGGGCACACUGUUAAUAUCGAAAAUACGUGAAGAGUAUCCUGAUAGAAUAAUGAAUACAUUCUCUGUUGUUCCAUCCCCGAAGGUAUCGGAUACAGUUGUUGAACCCUACAAUGCCACAUUGUCUAUCCAUCAGCUGGUUGAGAAUACGGACGAGACAUUCUGCAUUGACAACGAGGCUCUAUACGAUAUCUGCUUCCGUACGCUGAAGCUCUCAUCGCCCACUUAUGGUGACCUCAAUCACCUGGUUUCAAUCACAAUGUCUGGAGUAACAACCUGCCUUCGUUUCCCUGGUCAAUUGAAUGCAGAUCUUCGUAAAUUAGCUGUUAACAUGGUUCCAUUCCCACGUCUUCAUUUCUUCAUGCCCGGAUUUGCUCCACUCACAGCUAAGGGCUCACAACAAUAUCGUGCACUAACUGUUGCUGAAUUAACUCAACAAAUGUUUGAUGCCAAAAACAUGAUGACUGCCUGCGAUCCCCGACAUGGACGUUAUCUUACAGUUGCCUGUAUAUUCAGAGGUCCAAUGUCAAUGAAAGAAGUCGACACUCAAAUGUUCAACAUCCAGAACAAAAACAGCAGUUACUUUGUCGAGUGGAUUCCGAAUAAUGUGAAAGUUGCCGUUUGUGAUAUUCCACCACGUGGCCUUAAAAUGUCAGCCACAUUCAUUGGUAACACAACCGCCAUUCAGGAAAUUUUCAAAAGGAUAUCUGAGCAAUUUACUGCUAUGUUCCGCCGAAAGGCUUUCCUCCAUUGGUAUACCGGUGAAGGUAUGGAUGAAAUGGAGUUCACUGAAGCCGAGUCCAACAUGAAUGAUUUGAUCUCGGAAUAUCAACAGUAUCAAGAGGCAACAGCUGAUGAUGAUGUUGAAUUUGAUGAGGAACACGAAGAAGAACAUGAUACAUUCGAUGAUAAAAUUCAAAAUGGCUUGUAAAUUGGCCCCCCGUAAUCCAUAUCGUUUCAUGCUCAAUCCUUAGUUCAUUACUCGUCGUUAUUCCAGUGUUCAAUAUGCGAAGAGCCUCCACCGUUUUAUAAAAUUGUGAGCGUGUGUGUGUGUAAAAUGAGUCGAUAAAAAAUAGUCCAAAAACAGAAACAAAAAACAAUAUAAUAUUUCCUGCAUGCAUCCUUCAUUCAAACUUACUUGACUUUAAUUUCCCCCGUUCCUAAAACAAUGGAUUUAUUAUUACCACAAUCGAAGAUGUAAUUCAAAAUAAUACAUUUGAGUAUUAUAUGAAUGGUAAUGGACUAUCAUAAGAAUGUAAAUUAUAAUUUAUUUUUCCGAUGACAUUUACAAUUAUGGUCUAAUUUAUUUUUUGUUCAAAAUAACCAAUACCUACCAUACACUUAGAUAUGAUUCGUUUUUUUUUCUCAUACCGUUUUUGUUUUCAUUGUUUUCUUUCUAUUUUCCUCGCCUUAAUUUUACUGUUAAAUAACUGUUAUACUGUUUUAUUGUAAAAGAGUUUCUUUUAUUUCAAAAAAAAAAGUUGUUACAGCAGCAAGGUAAAAAGUUAAACAGAAAUUUAAGUAUAACAAAAAAAUUAUUUUAUAUAAUAUGACAAGAUUAAAAGAGCAAAUAAAACAUUAAACAAAUAUCAAUA